AUGUCGACGCUUGCCAUCCGAUUCCUUGAUAGAAGCAAUCACGCCUGGAAUGGUUGGAGGGCAUGGUACGAUGAGCAGAAUGCUGGACUUCAGAAACUUGGGACUGAAUCCACCUCACCUGGUCCGCUGUAUUACGCAGUGGAGCUCGAGUUAACAGGUGUAGCGACCAUUUUGGUAAAAGAACAGAGUUGUGACGUGAAUGAUAGAAACGACCUUGGAAGAUCAGCUCUCCACGUUGCAUGCGCAAAGGGGAGCAAAGAAGUUGUGAAAAUACUCCUUGAUGCGAAUGCCGACAUAUCAACUACCGACAAUAAUGAGUGGACGCCAUUGCAUUCAGCAUCACUAAAUGGACACAUCGAGGUGGUCAGGCUGCUUAUCGAGAAGGGUGCUGGCGUCGCAGUUGCUACCAAUGCCGGGUCGACGCCAUUGCAUUUGGCA